AUGGCAUUACUGAACAACGAGCUGGUCUGCUCCAUCUGUCUGUACAUAUAUAGGGAUCCAGUCAUGCUGAACUGUGGCCACAACUUCUGCCGGGAGUGCAUUGAACGAGCUCUGAACACUCGCCAUGGAUCUAUAGCGUAUACCUGCCCCGAAUGCAGAGCAGCGUACCUGUACCGUCCUGUACUGCUGGGAAACAGAAAGCUGUGUAACAUAAUACAGCACCUGCAAGAGCAUUCACAGGAGAGACUGCAACAUUCUUUUGUGGACCUUACCAGAAAGAAAGAAGCUACUGAAAAGAGGGCUGAGAGUCUCAGUGAACAAAAAAGGAAAAUUCAAGACACUUCAGAUGUUCUAGAGAAGGUAAUGGACACUUUCUUUAAGAUGAUAAUUAAAGAUAUCAAGAUCUUCCGGAAGACUGCUCUGCGAGAGAUCUCUAGGAAGAGGGAACACGCCCUGAUGCAGGUCUCCAAAGUAAUCCAGGAGCUGGAGAUACGGAAGACUGAGCUGUCCAUGAAGAUACAGGAGAUCCAUAAGCUGCUCAACAUGGCCGAUUCUAUAACCAUCUUACAGCAGGAACCUGAAACAGAGGACGAGUAUCCCCAAGGUGACAACACUGAGAUCAAUUUAGAUGAAAAGCCUAUCAACUUAAUUGUGAAGAGGUGCUUGUCCAGUGUGAGUUGGACGCUCUCUGAAUUCACUCAGUUAAACCCUGGGCCGAAAGUUUUGGAAGGACUGCUGGAUGUAAAAACCGCCUGUAACUAUAUUCGUGUAUCACCUGACUGCAGAUCGGCGUCUUACGUCUCCGCGGAUCAGGGGUAUCUAGAAGGACCGGAGCGAUUUAACGUCUGUCAGGUUUUGAGCACUUGUAGCUUCUCAGCACAGCAAUAUUGGGAAGUGGAUGCCAGUAAAGCCAAGGAAUGGAUUGUUGGAGUGGCUUACCAUAGCAUAAACAGGAAAACAAUGGACGAUGACGCCUAUAUUGGCUUUAAUAACAAGUCCUGGUGUCUGGAACAUCGCAAUUGUCUUUCUGCUCUUCACAAUAAAGUGAGGGAAGAAGUGACUCUGAGAUCUCCGGUAGAGCUGCUUGGAGUGUAUGUGGACUAUGAUUCUGGCAUCAUAUCCUUUUAUCAGCUCGGUGAUUACAUCAGACACUUAUAUAGCUUUUCUGCCACCUUCACCGAGAACCUUCACGCUGCCUUUUAUGUGUUCCCAGAUAGCUGCGUUACAAUCCACAAAAGGGAGCCCCGGGCAAAGACAGGAUUAUUAUCGAGGGGUUCUUAUGUGUGUUGA